CCCUCGCUGAAAGGGAGAUUGCCUCACAGCACCUACGUCAUUGCUCAGCACAGCGGCAAUCCCCACCAAACCAAGCCCUAGACCCUUCACGCACCUGCACCGCACCAACCACUCCUGCAUUGCCUGCACACACGCCCUCUGCACGCCAUCAAGUCCCCCAUAUCCAUGCACCCAUCUCUUACAACAACCUAAUCUGCCCCUCCCGCCCCUUCGACGCUUCACCCUUCCGCCGCGUGUGAAGGCAUUCGCACCAUGUCUACACCCGCCCUAUCGCCUAGGCCCAGAGGUUCUUCGCACACAUCUUCUCGCCCACGAGGCUCAGGAUCGACGCCCAUGACGAGGCCAAGUGCCUCACUGCACCCGACUGCGCUACCCGCCCUCACGCCCCGCAUGAAUGGGGUAGCCAAAACUCCGAGCCAUGUCGCUUCACAGAAGAUGAAAGAACCCUCGACCCCCUCACCUAACUACUUUGGUCUGGCCGUCAACAGCAAUGCCGACCACUUCUCCUCUAGUGCAGCUCAGCACAUUCGCGGCAAUUGGAGCCCACCCACCUCCAAUGUGCGCUCUACAGCCGCUGCCUCUCCUCGCAUAAUACCCGUUGAGCAGAACCCCGAAUUCGAGCAGUUUAGGAAACAGUCGGAGAACAACCGAGCAUUUGCCCUGGGCAGCUUCGAUUUUGCCUCGCCCGGCCUAAAAGCUUCCUCCAAGAGCCCCUUCUUCAACAACAUCGAGUCUGCGCAGCCCUCGUACUCCCAGUCAUACUCAAUGCCACCACCCGACCACCCAGGCAACAAGAGCGAUACAAGCGACGAGCAAGAGUUCGCCCCUAAGCCACGCUCCCCCAAGCGCAUGCUGUCGACUGAGUCCUCCAUGUUCCCUGACAGACCACGACGCAAUUCUCCUGCCAGCUUUGACGGGCCAGGCCGUUCAGAUGCCGUGGCCCAGUUCGCCGAACCCCGCAUCCCAAGGCCAUCGCUACCUUCGAAAAAGACACAUCCUUCGCAUAUCUCAAUAUCUACUCACCGCGCCGAGACACUACCCGCUCAUUUUGAAGAAGAAGGCAAUACCAGCGGCCCCAGCAUGGUCACUGCUCAGCAUAUCAUCAACAUCCUACAGUCUUCCGUUGACGAGGUUCUUCUGCUCGAUCUGCGCGUAUCAACACAGUACGCAAAGGCUCGCAUAACGGGCGCCUUGAGUCUCUGCAUUCCUACGACAUUGCUCAAACGCGCAUCCUUUAACGUCCAGAAGCUAGCCGAGACCUUCAAAGACAAUGAACAAAGGGACAAGUUCGAGCGAUGGAGGAGCAGCAAACACAUCAUAGUAUAUGACGCCAACUCGUCGCAAAUGAAGGACGCCACAACCUGCAUUAAUACUCUUAAGAAGUUCACCAACGAGGGUUGGUCAGGUGGCACGUUUAUUAUCCGUGGUGGUUUCUCAGAAUUCGCUGAGAGGUUCCCUGCCUGGAUUACACACCAAAGCUCCGGAAGUCCAACCUCUGGUACAGCUGCUCUCAACCUCAACUCUGACCUACCUGCUGUUGCGCCCGUCAUUGGUGGCUGUCCUAUGCCCGCAACCCAAAACGCUGCGAACCCCUUCUUUGGUAAUAUUCGUCAAAACAUGGACCUUAUUGGUGGAGUUGGCCAAAUGCCCGUGAAGCAGCCCUCCGGCAUGACGCAGUCGGUAGAGGACGACCUUCCCCAAUGGCUUCAGGCUGCUUCCGAAGAACAGGACAAGGGCAAGACAGUCGCAGAGCGGUUCUUGCAAAUCGAGAAACGCGAACAGAAGCGUAUGCAAAAGGCCUUGUCCGGCGAGGUCGUCUAUAACGCUCCGUCGUCAUCAGGAGGCCCAGGAAAACACAUUCAGAUUGCAGGUAUCGAAAAGGGCUCAAAGAAUCGCUACAACAACAUCUGGCCAUAUGAACACACACGUGUCAAGCUCGAGGGGGUUGCUGAAGGAAGCUGCGAUUAUGUCAAUGCCAACCACGUCCAAGCUGCCUAUUCUAACAAGCGUUACAUUGCAACGCAGGGACCUAUACCAGCUACUUUCAAGGACUUCUGGAACGUUGUGUGGCAACAAGACGUUCGUGUUAUCGUCAUGCUGACUGCCGAGCAAGAAGGUGGACAAGUCAAGGCUCACAACUACUGGUCGGAUAAGCGAUACGGUCCUCUACACCUCAACCCACUUGGCGAACGCAGGGCAUCCUUGGAGCCAUCGAAGAUCUACCGUCACAGGGAACAAUCAAGGCCAACGAUGGGCCAGCGCAGGUCAACGAACCCACCAAAGCUUGCCAACUUUACCAAGGAGGCCACUACCGGCUCUCCCAGCCAAGAGCAGCCCUAUGUCACCGUUCGCAAGUUCACUCUUUCCAACGACGACGAACCAUUCGCACGUAUGCGUGAGAUCACACAGUUGCAGUACUCCCACUGGCCUGACUUCGGAGCACCGGCUCAUCCUACCCACUUGCUCGGUCUCAUUGAGCAAACAGACGCCGUCGUCCGUUCCGUCAACGGUGGCUCGCCUUCGCAGCCUGAUCCUCCCAACAGCCGUCCGAUCAUUGUCCACUGCUCCGCUGGAUGUGGCCGUACGGGUACUUUCUGCACAGUCGACUCUGUCUUGGACAUGCUCAAGCGGCAACGACAAGCUCGCAACGCCAGGCAGAACACGCCAAUGGAUGCCGACUCCAACGAUAAGCUCGCGAAGAACGAGCGUGAAGAUGACAGCUGGGUGAACAAUGAGGACAUUGAUCUCAUUGCAAAGACGGUGGAAGACUUCAGACUGCAGCGUCUGAGCAUGGUACAGAGUCUGCGACAGUUUGUACUAUGCUAUGAGAGCGUAAUGGAAUGGCUUGUGGAGCAGCAUCCCAAGUCUGCGUAGAACGCGGCGACUCAGGUGAUAUCUUCCUGCGACGGAAACACCUUUGUUCCCGCAAUCAUAAUAUGGAAAUGAGAAACACGAAUUUGUUAACGACCAUGGGAAAUCGGGGCACAGGCGGCGUAUGCAUCUUGAUUGGUGUAAGACUGGGGCUCAUUGGGAGGCGUUCUGCACGCAUGCGGCAUUGCUUGGCUUAGAGCAUAUACAUGGGUAUGCAUUGGGAUGGGUGUCCUAGUCAUUUCGGCGCAUUAGGGGGGGUUGGGACAGUGUUUUUGACUUUGCUUAGAUAACUUGAGAAUUGUAUCCUAUUGC